AUGCACAGCUCGUUCGCUACACAAUCCUCUCGCUCUCGCCUAAAGGAGCCCCCGAACACUGAUCCUUAUUUUGGUUUUAUGCUUGACUCGCAGGUUCGGCUAGAAGCAGACAAAGUGAAGUAUCCUGUCCUCCUAAGCAACGGCGACAAGACAGAAGAAGGGCCUGUGCAAGAUUCGCCCAGCCGUCACUUCGCCGUUUUCACAGACCCGCAUCCCAAGCCAAGUUAUCUUUUCGCAAUUUUGGCCGGAGAUUUCGCUGCUAUAGAGGACAAAUUUACCACCAAAAGCGGCAAAGAAGUUGCACUUGCGGUGUACAGCGAACCGGCGCAGCUGCAGAAGUUGAAUUGGGCGAUGCACAGCGUGAAAGUGAGCAUGAAAUGGGAGGAAGACGCUUUUGGGAAGGAAUAUGAUCUGGACACUUUCAACGUGGCGUGCGUUUCUGACUUCAACGCCGGGGCCAUGGAAAACAAGGGCCUCAAUAUCUUCAAUUGCACUCUCCUACUCGCAGAUAUGCGAACGAGCACAGAUGAUGACUUUGAACGCGUCCUUGCAGUCGUUGGGCACGAAUACUUCCACAACUGGACGGGCAACCGCGUGACACUGACACUGAAGGAAGGCCUGACGGUGUUUCGGGAGCAGCUGUUCAUGGGCACUGUUAUGUCCCCGGGAGUGCAGCGUAUUAAAGAAGUCGCUGAUUUGAUUUCGCGCCAAUUUGCAGAAGACGACGGCCCUAUGGCGCAUCCGAUCCGCCCGGAGAGUUAUGUGGCUAUGGACAACUUCUACACCGCCACAGUUUAUGAUAAGGGCGCAGAAGUCGUCCGCAUAUACCAUACAGUGCUCGGCCCCGCCGGUUUCCGCAAAGGCAUGGACCUGUACUUUGAACGCCACGAUAAUCAGGCGGCCACAUGCGACGACUUCCGGGCUGCAAUGGAAGAUGCAAAUGACGUAGACCUGGACCAGAUGGACCGCUGGUACAGUCAGGCGGGCACUCCGCGUCUGGAGGUGCUGCGGUCUGCGUACAACGAAGGCUCUAACCUCUUCGAGAUAAGCUUCAGGCAACAUACUCCCCCUACCCCUGGGCAAGAUACCAAACUGCCGCAACUCAUUCCUAUCAAGAUCGGCCUCAUCGGGAAGGACUCCCACCAAGACCUGCUGCAAUCCUCGCUGGUGUUGGAAAUGACCGAAGGGGAACAGACGUUUCGGAUCAGGGGUGUACGUGAAGACUGCGUGCCGUCGAUAUUGCGGGGCUUCUCAGCGCCCGUUCGUUUGAUAAACCCUCUGCAGACAGCCGAAGAAAAAGCAUUUCUUCUGGCAUACGACACAGACCCUGUGACGAGAUGGUUUUCCUCCAGGGCCCUGGCAACGCCAAUCGUUAUUUCUCGAGCUAAGAGCGUCGCAGAAGAUAGAACCGUUCAUAUUUUCGGAACUCUUCCCGAUGAUUACGUGGAAGCACUGAGAACAACUCUCACGGACAAGGCGACUGAAAAUGCAUUGAAGGCCCUCCUUCUGCAGCUUCCUGACUGGAAUACCCUGUCUACGGAGCUGAGACCCAUAGACCCGGAGGCGCUGCAUAAGGCCAUAAGAACAGUGAAGGCUGACUUAGCCGCAAUACUGAACCCAGAAAUGCUUGAAUUGUACAAACAGCUCACGACCCCUGCCGGUCAGGAGGAAGAGGUGACUGAGGAGGCAACGGGAAGAAGGAAACUCAGGAACACGUUGUUGCACUUCCUCUCGGCGGCGCGCGAUGAGAAGGCAGUGGACAGGGCCUUUGCGCACUUCACAGAUGCUAAAUGCAUGACAGACAAAUACGCCGGCCUUAUCGCCCUUAGUAGUUUGCCCGGUGAACAACGAGAACAGGCAUUCUCACGCUUCUACGACGACGCAGCAGGAGACCCUCUUGUUGUUGAUAAGUGGUUCAAAGCGCAGGCGCUCUCAGACCUGCCUGACCAAGUGGAGCGCGUUGCCGCCUUACUGCAGCAUCCGGCCUUCUCUCUGAAGAACCCCAACAGGCUACGGUCUCUGGUGUAUGUGUUUUGCUCCAACAAUCACGUCCACUUCCACAGAAAAGAUGGAAAAGGAUAUGAACUCCUCGCCGACGUAGUGCUUCGGGCCGAUCGCAUUAACCCCGUGGCUGCGUCGCGAGGGGCGAAGAUAUUCCUCACUUGGAGGCGCUAUGAUGAGGUGCGGCAGCAGCUGAUUGAGAAGCAGCUCAAGCGCAUACUCGCAGAACCUUCCUUGUCCAAAAAUGUCAGAGAGGUGGUUGUGUUGGCUCUAGAUUCUCCACCCUCACCUCCUCCCGCUGCACAGAACCGCCAGUCCGAAUCCUGA